AUGCAGCUGUCUCUGGCCCUGUGUUUCCUCUGCCCGCUGCUGCACACUGCCUUGCACGUGGCCCAGGGCCAGGGCUGGCCGGCCUUCAAGAAUGAUGCUACAGAGUUCAUCCCCAGGCUCGGUGGCUACCUGGAGCCUCCUCCGGAGCCAGAGAGCAACAAGACCAUGAACCGGGCAGAGAACGGGGGGCGGCCUCCCCACCACCCCUUUGAGGCCACAGACACCUCGGAGUUCAGCUGCCGCGAGCUGCACUCCACACGCUACGUGACCGAGGGGCCAUGCCGCAGCGCCAAGCCCAUCACUGAGCUGGUGUGCUCGGGCCAGUGUGGGCCGGCACGCCUGCUGCCCAAUGCCAUCAGCCGCGGCAAGUGGUGGCGCCUGGGCGUGCCUGCCCCACGCUGCGUCCCCGAUCGCCACCGCGCCCAGCGUGUGCAGCUGCUGUGUCCUGGGGGCACCACGCAAGCCCGCAAGGUGCGCCUGGUGGCCUCAUGCAAGUGCAAGCGCCUGGGCCGUGCACACAACCAGUCGGAGCGCAAGGACUUUGCACCUGGGCCGCAGAGGGGACGCAAGCCCAGGCCGCACACUGAGCUGGACAAUGCAUACUGA